AUGGCCCCCUUCGUCAAAGUUGUUACCCUUGUCGGUGCUGGAACACAGGGGACUCGACUCGCAUUCAUGUGGUCAAAAUUGGGCCGCCCAGUUCACUUGGUUGAUCAAAAUGAGAAGCGACUCCAAGAUGCUGUCAACGAAAUCCAGAAGUUACGACGUGACUGGCCUGUUGCGAGUACGUUAACGCCUUUCGGGAAUAUCGUUACAUUCCCCUCGCUCGGUCUUAUCAAGAGCAUCGCCAAUUCAUGGCUGAUUGUUGAGUGUGUUCCCGAAUCUCUGGCGUUAAAAAAGAGGUUGAUCGGUGAACUUGACGCCAUCGCGCAAUCAGGCACGAUUAUUGCUUCAAACUCCAGUAGCUACACAAUUUCCGAGAUCUUGCAAGAUCUGAAUCUUCGGCAUCCCGAACGAUGCGUGAGUCUUCACUCGUACUGGCCACCCGAAACGUCUGCGAUCGAGGUAAUGGGAUCAGGCAGUACUAGGUCUGAUAUUAUCCCGUUAUUGAUGGAGGAAUGCCGAAGUCAUGGUUUCCAACCCUUUCACGUCCGAAGUUCAUCCACUGGAUAUAUUUACAACCGGAUUUGGGCCGCGAUCAAGCGUGAAUCACUUCUUGUUUUGGCAGAAGGGGUUGCUAACCCUCAGGAAUUAGACGCCAUUUUCAAAGAUGUUUUGAAGUCCCCCAAAGGUCCGUGUGAGCAGAUGGAUAUCGUCGGUCUUGACGUCGUAUAUGAUAUCGAGAAGCAUUAUUGCGAGAUUCGACCGGGCUUGCCGAAAGAGGCGACGGAAUUACUCGAGAAGAUGAUUGUCAGAAAUAAGUUGGGGGUCAAGUCUGGAUCUGGAUUUUACGAUUACAGCAAUCAUAAGUAG